AUGGGCCAACAGAAGACCUCGGCACCAAAAAACUGGCCCGAGAGCAUAGUCUAUCUCACCACACCAGCGUACUCUCCACGCCUCACAAAGGCUCAACUGCAGGCAAUCCGGAUCAAGGACGCAAACUUGCCUGAGAUACCACGAGAUCUCAAGCCCGGUCCAUGUCCCCUUGUUAAGAUUACGCCGAUCAGCGACUCGCAGCACCCGGCUUACGGGCAGGCCGGACUCUGCGCAACCCGCGCUUUGCCGCCAGGAAGCUUGAUCAUGCCAUACUUAGGCGAGCUGCAUCCGUCCUCAGCGUCAUCUCACUCACAGUCAGACUACGACUUGUGGCUGUCCCGGACGGCCGACGUCGCCGUUGACGCAGCCCGGAUGGGCAAUGAAGCUCGCUUUGUCAAUGACUACCGAGGCGUGCCAGGCCAAAGCCGGCCCAAUGCCGAGUUCCGCGAGGUGUGGGACGCAAGGCGUGGUGAGAUGACGAUGGCGGUAUUUGUUCUGCCAGCUGGAAAGAAGGUGACAGCUAAGGGUGGCAGUGGUGGUGCCGGGAUCGCAAAGGGCGAGGAAAUUCUCGUCAGCUACGGCAAGGGCUUCUGGGAAAAGAGGAAGGAGGAAGACGUGACAACAAGCAACGAUGCUUAA